CUGGCAGCAAGUUUUUUCGAGCGAACGUUCUUUUUUGUUGUGUUCUCUUUUUCUCUCUUUUUUUUCAUCAGCUUUAAUGUUUGGCGCCGUGCUAGGCUGGGCCUUACUCCCACAGUGAGGGCCCUAUCCCCCCCCCCUUACUAUUUUUUCAACGUGCUAUUUCUCUUCACACUCCCAUCUUUUUAUUUAAUUUUUUUCAUAUUUUUACUCAUUUAUUUUCUGUUUGCAAAAACAUAAAACACAAACAUAUGUAAUACUAAAAGAUAAAAAAAUGUUGUUUUUUUGACAAACUUUUGGCCACACUUGUGAGGCAUUUUUUCAUCUUUUUUUUGUUUUUUAUUCUUCCGUUUUUUCGGAGUUGCAGCAAGAUUUUAAGCAUUUUUAUAUUUAAAAAUAUUUUUAAAAAAAUUAAAAGAAAAUAUAUUUAUUAUGAUAAUUAUUUAUGGAUAACAAAACUUCCAUCAAUAUUAAUAAAAAUAAUCAAAUUCCUCCAAUGAAUAACUCUUCUUCAUCCUCCGCUGUAACAGAUACUUUGGAAGAUGCCUACGAAUAUGUACGAGCACAAGGCGGAAGAGUCAGGCUUUGGCGAUCCUUUGAUUAACAACGAUAACUUUGAUAUUUUAGAUUACAUAAACGGCGGAAACGAAAAUUUUAGAACACCAGAAGGAAGUCCAGUUAACGCCUUCUAUAGUGUUGUAGUUCCAAACAAUAAUACAGUUGUUGGCAAUUCUGGACAUUUAAAUUUUCUGAAUCCUUCAACUACAGCAGCAGGGGAAUUUGUUCAAUCAUUACAACAACAAGAACAACAAAAUACUCACCAAUUUUCUAAAGAAAUAAAUUCACCAAAUUCUCAAAAUAUUCAUUUUCGACAUCCUUCAAUUUUGUUAGAUUCUGUUCAAUCUUCAAUGAUUUUUUAUAAUAAUAAUGGAGGAGGGGGAAUUAAUAAUAAUUCUAAUAGUAGACAUUUAAAUAAUCAACAACAACACCAACAUUAUUUAAAUAAUCAAAGAAAUAUUGGGGGAAGAGUUGGGAAUAAUAAUGGAGGGGGACAAACACGAUUACCUGAUAGCCCUCCAAUUACUGAUAUUUCUGGUGGUGCAAGUUCUAUUUCUCCAGGAAGUUCUGGUGGUUGUUGCGACUCAGAAAGUCCUUUCUCCCCUGAUCAACGUUAUCUACCAAUAGCCCCACACAUGAAUAAUGCAGCUAAUAUUUUAUUACAACAACACCAACAAUAUCGUCAACACCUUCCCCAAAAUUUUAAUCGCCCUCAAACCCAAAGAAAACCUCCAGAAGAUAUUUUAAUUGUCGACCAAUUACACAUGACAACAACAAACAUUACAGAUGUUUGUAGUGCAACUUCAGAAGUACAUCAUUUGUCCCCACAAUCUGAAUUUCUGACACAUUAUUCAGCAUCUUCUCAACAUACACCUGGUUCACAACAUUCUUCACAGGUGCUUGCUUAUAUUAUUAAGACAUCUUAUUUGUUAGUCAUAAUUUCCCCACCAGCAAUUCCAAAUUCAUCUUCACGUAAUGGACAAAUAAUGAUUAAUAAUAACAACAAUAAUAAUUAUUUAUUACAACAACAACAACAUUCUUUUUCUUCUUCAAUGGAUAAUUUAUGUAUUAUCGAAAAUCAAAAUUCAGCUUCAUCUUCUAAUCGUUAUAUACAAGAACAACAACAACAGCAACAGAACAAUCGUGGAGGGGGACAUAAAAGAAGAAGAAUUUCGACUAAUCAAAGUUCAAAUGAUUCAAUGUUGUUGAGUAAAAGCAAUAAUUUACCUAACAUAAAAUGUGAAUAUGGAACUGUUAAUAACCAACAACAGGAGCAUCAACAACGCCAAAAUAUUCUCCACCACCAACAACAACAACAACAAAGUUUUGAAGAUUUGGAAGAUAAUAAUUUUGGGGGAACACAGAGAACCAUUAAAUUUGAACCAUUUUUGAGAGAAUCUUGGGCUACUUUAUUUGAUAUUAACCAGCAACCACUUCCAAUUAUGCCAAUUGUUGUUGUAGCAGACAAAGGCUUUAAUUUUAGCCCAUCAGAUAAUUGUUUUGUUAAUCAAAAGAAAAAUCAUUUUCAAAUAACCGUUAAUAUCGGGGUUAAUCCAAUGGCUAAUGCCAAUUCUCCCCAAAUGGGGAAUGGACAACAAACGAUUCAACACCAAUUUGCACCUCAUUAUGUGCGGACAGAAUUACAUGGACGUGUUGUUUUGUUACCCAUUGUUGAUAAAAAAUUCUAUUUAUCUUUUUGUGGUGUUAAAAGUGAUAUGCAAACCUACGAGAUUCCAAUAAAACAAUCGCAAACUGACAGAAAACCUAUUGAUCAUAUGCCUGUUUGUUUUGCAAUUGAUGGAACUCAAGAUUCAGUAAAGCAAACAGUUCCUCGUCUUCAUUUCUCAGAGACAACAAUGAAUAAUCACCGAAAAAAUGGAAAACCUAAUCCUGAACAAAAAUUCUUUUUACUUGUUAUGAAAUUAAGUGUAGAAACAGCUAUUGGAGAUGAAACAAGGAAAGUACUUGUUCAAUCAUUUCAUUCUGACAGAGUUAUUGUUAGGGCCUCCAAUCCGGGCCAGUUCGAACAGCCAGAAUCAGACCAAUCAUGGAAAAACCAAAACGGUGCUUUAACCUUCUCCGGACCUGUUUGUAUUGGAAGUGAUAAACCAAUUGGAGAUGCUCAAUUGACAGUUCAUGGAAAUAUUGCUGCAAGCGGACAAAUCACUCGGCCAUCAGAUAAACGUUUAAAAGAAGAUAUUGAAGAGAUAAGUACUGCUGAGGCGAUGGGGAGAGUUGCACAAAUGAGACUUGUUGAAUUUGCUUAUAAACCAGAAAUUGCUGCACGUUGGGGACUUUCUGAAAGGGAUAGACACAGAGUUGGGGUUAUAGCACAAGAAUUGGCAGAAGUAUUGCCUGAGGCAGUUAAGGAUAAUGGAGAUUUUUUGACUGUUGAUGAUACGAGAAUAUUUUAUGAUACUGUGGCUGCUGCUCAGGAACUUUAUCGUUUGACUGGCAAUUUGGAAUGUAAAAUCGGCCAAGUUGAACGUAUUUCUCAUAAACUUGCUCAAUAUGCAAGAAAACGCCGCCAAUUAGGUUCAAUGGCUUCUGGAUUAAGCGAUUUCUCUUCUUUAUUUCCUGGACAAAAUUUUUCUUCAAAAAAUCUCCAAAAUACUUUUGAAGACAAAAGUCUUUCACAAUCGAGAACUUCUUUAACUUCAGCAGCAACUGCUCCAGCUAUUGCUUAUAAUGAUGAAAAUGAAGACGAAAUUAAGGAUAAAUCAUCAAAGAAUAGAUCAAGAAAUAGCUCAAGAAAUGCCGGAAAACGUGAUAAAAAGUCAUCUCUUCCACCACCCCCAUCUCCUCCUCGAAAACAUCGUUGUCGUUCUCAUUCUUCAGCUUCUGCUUAUUGUGGAAGACAACAAGUUUAUUGCCGCGGACAGGAAGCAGCUCUUUGCAAUUCGAAAUUUACUCAGGGAACUAUUGUUACGUUGGUUGUAAUUAUGGCACUUUGUUUGGUAACUAUGUGUACUCUGUAUGUCGUUGACUGGUAUAAUCGUACCUACUUGUCCCCCCACUUUCAUCAUUACCACCCUUAUAUGGGAGAAGGAACAGAAAAACAACAAAAACACCAAAAACCUACAGAUUCUCAACCAAUUCCUUCAGAUAUUGAUAGACCCCCUCCACCAGGCAAAAUGAGGGGUCUUUUAGAUUCUGAUUGGAUACCACCUUUACAAUCAAAUAUUUUACCUAUUUCUUUGCAAUAUUGCUCAACAAAUUUUGAUAAAAACAAUCCUUUUAUUUCUGGUCCAAUAACAAAGCCAAAUUGUCAAAACAAUUGUUGUCCAAUUUCCAAAAAUUCAGAGAAUUCUGAAAAUAAAUUAAUAGAUAAACAAAUACAAGCAUUAUUACAAAAUAAUAAAAACACAUUGUCAAACCUUAAUUUCGAAAAUGGUGUUAAAAUAGAGAUUUUAAAUUUGGGAAUUAUUUUGGAUAAAAAUUAUUGUUUAUUACAACAAAAUUGUCAAAAUAAUUCUAAUAAUUUAUGUAAUACUUUAAAUAGUUGUAAUUCGAGAAUUGGACGUUAUAAUCUUUAUAUUCCAAUUUCUUCUGAUUUAACAACUGCUCCCCUCAGAUUAAAAAUAAAUUCUGCCGAUCCUUCCCUUUUUGUGGAAAGUUGUGGUUCUCUUUCUGGUUUUCGUUUUAAAGAAUGUAAUAAUUAUUUAAAUAAAAACGAUUUUAAUCAAAAUGAACAAUUAAUUGAAGAAGAAGAAGAAUUAAUUAAUGAAGGAGGGAAAAAUAUAAAAUCAAAACCUCGUUCACAAAAAAUUGGAAUUAAUAAUAUUUUUGAAAUUUCUGCUGGGUCAUUUUUGCAAAGUGCUUAUAAAUUUCGAAUUGGGCAUUCAACAGGACUUUGUAAAAUGGAGGAAAAACAAAAAGGUCGAAGUUUUGACGAAUUCAAUUUAAUUUUCUAUAGAGAAUGUAUUGUUACUACAACAACAACUUCUACUACACUUUUUUAA